GGCGCCGGGACCCCGGGACGAGCCUACGAGGUGACGGGGUCCGGGAGGCGGAGUGCCGGGAGUGGCAGAGUGGAAGCAGAUACGCAUCAUUACACACCUCCCAGCUCCCACACGGGGCAGCAGAACGUGCCUCUUCGUCGCCACAGCCACCAUGGGGAAAUUCUCCGGACGUCGAGCGCUGGUGACCGGCGCCGGCGCUGGGAUCGGGCGAGCCACGGCCCUCAAGCUGGCUGAGAUGGGGGCGGAGGUGUUCGCACUCAGCAAAACCCUCGCCAAUCUUGAGUCCCUGAAGGAGCAGUGCCCGAGUAUCAGCAUCAUCUGUGUCGACCUGGGAAACUGGACCGAGGCGCGGGAGGCGGUCAAGAAGAUCACCCCCAUCCACCUGCUCGUGAACAACGCCGCGUAUGCCUCGCUGGCCCCCUUCCUGGAGGCAACACCGGAGAGCUUCGACAAGAUGUUCAAUGUCAACGUCAAGUCCAUCAUGAACAUCACUCAGGUGGUGGCCGGGGACCUGGUGGCCAGACAGUCAAGAGGAGCCGUGGUGAACCUCUCCUCGCAGGCAGGACAGCGCGCCUUGCAGGACCACACAGUGUACUGCUCUUCGAAGAGUGCCGUGGACAUGAUGACGAAAAUGAUGGCACUGGAGCUAGGCCCUAAAGGCAUACGAGCCAACGCUGUGUCCCCGACAGUGGUCAUGACUGACAUGGGUCGCGUGGGCUGGUCUGAGCCGGCCAAGGCAGACCCCAUGAGGGCCAGAAUACCCCAGGGGAGGUUUGCAGAGGUGGAAGACGUGGUGAACGCCAUCGUGUACCUCCUAUCUGAUGAGAGUGACAUGGUGAACGGUACUUUGUUGGCAGUCGAUGGAGGGUUUUUGGCUGCAUAAUUUAUACACCCUGUAUCAUGGUGUAUCUGUGAUGUAAUAAAGUCUUUGUGGUUAAUAA